AUGUCGACCGAAUACAACUAUGACGAGCAGGGCCAGUUCUUCCCUUUCUUCUUCGUCACAGUAGCUGGUCUGGUCACGCUACCAGUCACAUAUUCUCUACUCAAGCCUAGCAAAGACCUCGAGAACACAGCGACGCGAAUCGAAUCGUCCUACACGCCCGAACAUGCAGAUCUCAUCGAUGGACACAGGAGACGGCAAAAGAGGAGGGAGCGCAAGAUCAAGCGCAUGAUCGUCGCUGGUGUCGGAUGGACCACAAUCGCCCUCAUGGUCUACCUCAUGGCCGUAACACAGCGCAGCACACCCAAGAUCUGGGACCCCUAUGAGAUUCUGGGCGUGCCCAUGUCAUCCACCGAGAAGCAAAUCCAGAGCCGCUACCGCAGACUGUCAGUCACCAUGCACCCGGACAAGGCUGUGCCCGACCCUGCAAAGAACGAGACCUCCGAGACUGUCAACGAGCGCUGGGUUGAGGUCAUCAAGGCCUACAAGGCUCUCACGGACGAGGAUGUGCGCAGAAACUUUAUCGAAUAUGGAAACCCAGACGGCAAGCAGAGCACCAGCUUCGGUAUUGCUCUGCCCCAAUUCCUGAUCACCGAGGGCAAUGGAAAGUACAUUUUGCUCGUCUACGGCGCCUUGUUGGGAAUCCUGCUGCCAUACUUUGUCGGCAGCUGGUGGUACGGAUCGCAAAAGGUUACGCGCGAAAAGAUUUUGGUCAACAGCGCUGGCAACAUGUUCAAGGAGUUCUCCGAGCGCAUUGACGACCACGGUGUUGUCAACUUGCUCAGUUCGGGUGCCGAGUUUGAGGCUCUCCUUCACGGCCACAAGGCUGAUGCCGGAACUGGACAGCUCGAGAAGCGUCUGCUUCAGGAAGCUCGUGUUCUCACCGAAAAGGACCGUCGCUUCUUGCAGGACAUGGACGACACUGUGCGUCGUAAGACUCUUGCGCUGCUCUGGGCUUACCUUGCUCGUGUUGAGCUCAAUGACCAGACCCUGAACGACGAAAAGUACCAGCUCGCCCCUACCGCCCUUACCCUGAACGAGGCCUUUGUCUCUGUCUGUCUGGCCUAUGGCUUCACCAACCCCGUCCUUGCAUCCUACCGCACCUCGCAAAAUCUGAUCCAAGCUGUCGCUCCCGAAUCGCCUCCACUUCUGCAACUUCCCCACUUCGACGAGCAGACUGUCAAGGCCAUUGAGGAUCAACUCGACCAGCGCAGCCAUCUGACCAUCCAAGCCUUCAUGAACUUCCCCGACGCCCGUCGCCGUGAACUCGCCUCGUCUGCCGGCCUCUCGACACCUCAACUCGACACCGCCAUCAGCGUUGCCUCUCAACUCCCCCGCCUGGUCAUCGAACGCACCUUCUUCAAAGUCACCGGCGAAAAACACAUCAUCCCCAACUCGCUCGUCCAAUUCGUCGUCAAAGCCCGCUUCAUCCCCCCCGGCACCCGCAACAUCCCCGACGUCCACUCCUCGGACCUCGAAGACGUCGAUCCAGAUGAGACCGACACAAAAGCAAACGCCCGCCCUGACCCCGCCGAGCAAAAACAACAUCAACCCCCUCUCACUCACGCACCCCACUUCUCGCGCGACCACUCACCCCGCUGGCACUUGUUCCUCGCUGAUGCCCGUCAAGGCAAAGUGGCUGUUCCUCCGUUCACGUUCACCACCUUUGACAAGCCUAUUCUUGAUGAGGCUGGCAAACCUACCUUUGCUGUGCAAACACUGAAGAUGCAGUUUCAAGCUCCUCCGCAGCCUGCACACUAUAAAUUCCAGAUGCACCUUGCUUGCGACAGUUAUAUUGGGUUUGACGACAAGAGGGACGUGGUGCUUUCAGUCGAGGACCCGAGUAGCAUCGAAGAGGCUGAGUGGGAGGAUGAGGACAUCAGUGAGCCUGAGGAAGAUACUAUUGCAGGUCAAAUGGCCACUCUGCGCGGUAGUGCUACGAAGAAGGCUUCGAGCCCGAAGAUCAAGCAGGCCAAUGACGAUGACAGUGAAGAGAGUGGUACUGACGAGGAAGAGGAGACGGAGAGUGAGACGGAUACGGACACCGAUACCGAUGAAGAGUAG